CUCUAUAGAUCUCUUCUAAACAAUUCCUUAAUAUUUGUAUAAGAUUUAGAUUAGACAUCAUUUGAUGAAGAUGAUGAUGAUUACAAGCACCUGAAUCUACUUCAUUUCCACUAGUGUUGAUUCACUCACAGUCGAAUAUGGCAACGGAAGAGAGAUGGUGUGUUGUGACCGGCGGGAGAGGUUUUGCUGCAAGGCAUUUGGUCGAUAUGUUGGUACGGUACAAUAUGUUUUCGGUUCGUAUUGCGGAUUUAGGUCCAUCGAUCAAGUUAUUUCCAACAGAGGAGAAUGGAACACUCGACGAAGCCCUUAGAUCUGGCCGUGCUGAGUAUGUAUCUGUUGAUCUUAGGGACAAGUCUCAAGUAAUUCAAGCUUGCAAAGGAGCUGAGGUAGUUUUCCACAUGGCUGCACCAGACUCGUCUAUCAAUAACUAUGAGCUACAUCAUUCUGUAAAUGUGAAAGGAACACAGAAUGUCAUUGAUGCAUGUGUAGAACUUAAAGUGAAAAGGCUUAUUUAUACUAGCUCUGCCAGUGUUGUAUUUGAUGGAAUUCAUGGAAUUAAUAAUGUUGAUGAAUCAUUUCCCUACCCGUUAAAGCAUAACGAUACUUAUUCUGCAACGAAAGCUGAAGCAGAUGCAUUAAUUCUCAAGUCUAAUGGUAUAAAUGGCCUUCUUACUUGCUCCCUCCGUCCAAGUAGUAUAUUUGGCCCGGGUGAUAGAUUAUUCGUCCCUUCCCUUGUUUCUGCUGCGAGGGCAGGGAAAUUGAAGUUUAUAAUUGGUGAUGGCAAUAACAUGUAUGACUUCACUUAUGUGGAGAAUGUGGCACAUGCCCACAUAUGUGCUGAAAGAGCUCUGGCAUCAGAAGCUAUCGUUGCAGAAAAAGCUGCAGGGCAGGCGUAUUUUAUCACUAACAUGGAGCCAUUCAAGUUUUGGGAAUUUGUUUCAGUUGUUCUUGUAGGCCUGGGUUAUCCAAGGCCAUACAUUAAGAUUCCUGCCUGUAUUGUUAUGCCGAUUGCGCAUCUAGUCGAGUGGAUAUAUAAGCUAUUAGCCCCUUAUGGUAUGAAGGUUCCACAAUUCACUCCAUCAAGAAUCAGACUUCUCUCUUGCAGUAGAACAUUCAAUUGUUCAAAGGCAAAUGAACUUCUUGGUUACACACCGAUUGUACCUUUUCAGGAUGCUAUGAGGAGAACAAUUGAGUCGUACUCACAUUUACGAGCUGAAUCCUUGCCUCAAAAAAAGGGUUCAUCAAAACCUUCCACAUAUCUUGGAGGUGGAAAGGUUGCUAAUGUACUCCUCUGGAGGAAUAAAAAACAAACAGUCGUCACACUGUUGACAUUUGUUUUGAUCUAUCUUUACUUCGUAGCAUCUGGGUAUACUCUUGUAACAGCAGUGUCAAAGCUCCUUUUGGUCGCAGCCACCUUUCUGUUCAUACACAGCCUUCUACCUGAGAAAAUAUUUGGAUAUACAAUUGAGAAAGUUCAAGGUUCGAAACUCUAUUUUUCCAUGGAGACGUCUCAAAAAAACGCAUCUUUAGUGGCUUCGUCAUGGAAUUAUGCUGUGAAUGACUUCAGAUCUCUUUGCAGAGGAAACGAUUGGUCCUUGUUCUUCAAGGUCACUCUAUCUCUAUUGGCUCUGAGCUUGCUAGGGACGAUUUCUUUGCGGAGCUUCUUCACUAUAAGCCUUCCCAUUGCCUUUAUUGCAUUCUAUAUGUACGAGCAAUAUGAGGAACAGAUAGACGAAUUGUUUACAGAAGUUCUCUUACAUGUAUGCAAAUUGAGAGCCGAUAUUGCCAACAAGUUACGAAGAAAGAGGAUCUACUAUUAGAAGCAUAACGAUAGUCUGAGAAUGAUUGGCAAGUUGGUGUUCUCGGUCAUAACCGAAUCACUUGGGAUACAAAAUUUGUUUUCGCAGGUCCCCAAUUUAUUUGUUCCAUCUUCCUUUUGUUUGUAUUUCAUUGAUUUCCUGAACAUUUGGAGCCAGGUUUGUUCUUGUGGUAAGUUGGAAUUCUGAAUAUUUGGUAGCAAGGUUUGAUGAUGUUGUAGAUUAAUACACUACUAUUUGAAGGUGUUGAAAUGGAGUCUCUUCACUACUUUAUUUUAUAACAAUUAUUUUUCUCAUAA